AGUGUAAAACAAAGAACUUGGCCAAAUGGUCACUGCAGCCCGGCCGACAGCUCAAAGAGGAGGAUGUAUUCAUUUUUAAAAUAAACAUUUUAAAAAUAGAAAUAACUCGUCAUCCGGAUUAUCCGAGAAAAUUCCAUUAGGAAACUUAUAAAUACAUGUUCCGGACUCAUGCUUCCCAAGUUAUUGAAAAGUGGAACGAAAAUUCAAGAUACAUAACCUCUCAAAAAAUUGAAAAUGGAAUUAAACGAGUGCGAAAAUUACAAGCAACUAGGCAACGAAGCUUUCAAAUCUGGAAACUUGGAAGAAGCAUUAAAAUAUUACACAAAUGCCAUAAAAAACGCGAAGAGUGAAUCCAAAGAAUUAAGUGUUUAUUACAAGAACCGCGCGGCUGUAUACCUGAAACAGGAGAAGUAUGAUAAGGUAGUAGAAGAUUGCACAAAAUGUUUAGAAAUAAGCCCAAACGAUCCCAAAGCACUUUUCAGACGCUGCCAAGCGCUAGAAGCAUUAAAGCGGUUUGAAGAGGCCUAUAAAGAUGCCACUGAUAUUUUUAAAGAUGACCCUACAAACAAAGUAAUCCAGCCUUAUUUGCAACGACUUCAUAAAAUCGUUGAGGAAAUAGCGAGACAGAAAGGCCAAAUUAAUAACAAAUUGGAGAGUAUGUUGAAGAUUGUCUUUGACCCAACAAAUGAAAAAGAGAAAAGAGAAAUUGCUAUAAAAAAUCUCUUGGUCCUGGCCAGGGAGCAUGGGGGCUCAGGGGUCAUUAUUAAAUCACAGGUGGUGCAAAAAAUAAAAAACUUGUUGAAGCUUGAAAAAGACCAAGAGAUUUGUGUCACAGGCGUUAGAAUCAUUGGUGAACUCUGCAAGCAUGGAGAAAAGGAGACUAAAUAUGUGCUUCAAGAUGUGGGGAUUCCUUGGUUUCUAGAAAUUCUUGAUUCUAACAAUAAAGAGAUUGUUAAUGCCGCUGAGUACUGCCUUCAAAUUAUUUUAAACAGCCUGUCUGGAAUGGAGAACAAGAUUGACUCAAAACCCAAGCAGGAUUUGGUAGAAAGAAACAAGCAGACCAUUGAUACUCUGUUGAAUUGUCUAACAUUUUCUAUUAAUAAUCAGGCGAUUUCUGGUUUAGCCAGGGAUGCAAUUAUCAAUAUUUUAACAAGGAAUAUCAAUUAUAAUGCUUUGAAUUGGGCUGAAGAGUUUGUAGAUAUGGGCGGAGUUGCCAGACUUCUGGACUGCGCUAGCGAGCUUGAGGAAUGCAAGUAUGAAAGUGCCAUGAGCAUCACCCCAUCUACUAGAACAAUAGCAGCUGUUUGUUUGGCCAAAAUUUAUGAGAAUAUGUAUUAUGAUACACUGAGAAGUAAGUUCUUGAACAAAAUUGAGGAAUUUUUAAAAGAUAAGCUGUUAAGUCCAGAUAUAGAAUCCAAAGUUCGUGUUACUGUGGCCUUAACUGCAUUGCUAAGGGGUCCUUUAGAUGUAGGAAAUACGAUAAUUGGAAAGGAGGGCAUUUUGGAGAUGAUUCUUGUUAUGGCAAACACCGAUGAUGAAUUGCAACAGAAAGUGGCAUGCGAGUGUCUGAUCGCAGCCGCCAGCAAAGCUGACAAAGCAAAGUCAAUUGUGAGCCAGGGAGCAGAGAUUUUGAAAAAGCUGUACAAAUCAAAAAAUGAUCACAUACGUAUAAGGGCACUGGUGGGACUGUGCAAACUGGGAAGUUAUGGAGGUAGUGACUCUUCAAUAAAACCUUUUGCCGAGGGUUCAACAUUGAAGCUGGCCGAAGCUUGUAAACGGUUCUUGUUGCAUCCUAGCAAAGACACUGACAUACGAAAGUGGGCCGCUGAAGGGCUCUCGUAUCUGACUUUGGACGCCGAAGUGAAAGAGAGUCUUGUGGAGGAUAAACCUGCUUUAAAAGCUUUAGUGGAAUUAGCCUCAACAGGCGAUCAAGGUGUGGUGUUUGGUGUGGUGACUACUUUGGUGAAUUUGUGCAAUGCGUACGAGAAACAGGAGGUGAUUCCGGAGAUGAUUGAACUUGCCAAGUUCGCUAAACAGCACAUACCGGAAGAGCAUGAACUUGAUGAUCCAGAUUUUGUAACUAAACGUAUUUUAGUGCUGGGUCAUGAGAAUAUUACAGUGGCGCUAGUGGCUUUAGCGAAGACCGAAAGUCCUAACUCUAAAGAAUUAAUCGCUAGGGUAUUUAAUGCUUUAGCGAGCGAGCGCGACCUUAGAGGUCUUAUAGUACAACAAGGAGGGGUCAAAGUAUUGAUCAAGCUUGCGUUACAAGGGACCGAUAAAGGCAAGAGGCAUGCUGCACAGGCUUUGGCUCGCAUAGGUAUAACUAUGGACCCAGCGGUAGCAUUUCCAGGCCAACGUGCGUUGGAAUGCGUUCGACCAUUGUUAUCGCUGCUUCAUCCAGAUUGUACCGGUUUGGAGAAUUUUGAAGCCCUAAUGGCUUUGUGCAAUUUGGCUCAAUUAAGUGAAGCUGCCCGCCAGCGGAUAGUGAAAGAGGGAGGUUUGGGCAAAAUAGAAAACUACAUGUACGAAGACCACGAACAAAUAAGCAGAGCAGCCAUUCAGUGUAUGUGCAAUAUGACAAUGUCCGAAGAUGUGGUGAAGUUUUUCGAAGGUGAUAACGAUAGAGUUAAAUUUGUCGUUUCCUGUUGCCUGGACGAAGACAAGGAGACUGCUAUGGCGGCGGCAGGAAUGCUGGCUAUUCUCACGGGUUUCAGCAAGAAGUGUUGUGAGAAAGUAUUCGACUCUACCAAUUGGUUGGAUGCUAUGCACUGUCUGCUAGCCAAUGACGUGAUCGGAAUGCAGUACAGAGGAGUAUGUAUUAUUGCUAAUAUUAUAACCACUUCCAAGAGUUUGGCAGAGAAGCUAAUGGAGACUGAUAUCAUGGAAAUACUGAUGGCUUUGAAAUUAUUGUCUGACAAUGACGGGGAGAGGAAGCAAAUAGCCGAAACAAUUGACGCAGCUUUGAAGGUUGCCCAAGAGUAUGGAAUUAUCAAAAAAUUGGACAGUGAUUAAACUAUUUUGUUGAGCGAUUGUAUAAUUUAUUUUGUUUUAAUUUUACUUCUUUUUAUAGUGCAAUAAAAUGUUUUAAAGUU